CGAGCUCUUGGUGUGUAACCACGGUGAUUUUCCCUGACUAGGGUACGCGCAAGACUUCGUUCCGCUACCCUGCUGCGCGUUCCUCUUUCUAACGUGUGCGUGCAUUCUCCUCGUGUCGGUUUAGUUUUACUCAUCGUCUCUUAGUCGUCUCUUAGUCCUUAGUCGUCUCUCGCCGACUUAGUCGUCUGGCUUGUGACUUCUUUACGACGAGUCGAGUUUAGUCGAAUCGAGUCAAGUCAAGUCAAGUCAAGUCAAGUCAAGUUAAGUCAAGUCAAGACAAGUCGAAUCGGAAGAACAACGACAGAGUAUCGUUCAAUCAUAAUAUCGUAUCAAUACCAUAUUAUUUCGUUUUGUGUGGGCCGCGCUUGGUGUAAAGAGGGCAUUUCGGGAGUAAACCCGAUCGAAAAGCUGGGUUGAGAGAGAGAGAGAGAGAGAGAAAGAGAGAAAGAAAGAAAGAAAGAGAGAGAGAGAGAGAGAGACACGCACGUACUUAUAGUAAAAAAGGAAAGACAGAGAGAGAGAGAGAGAGAGAGAGAGAGAAGAGAGAAGACGAUAAAAGCGUAAUACGUACUACGGGUACUCCGUUAGACAGAGAAGGAAAGUAGAUAGAGGAAAGAUAUAAGUGAAGGAAAGAGUGCUGCGAGAGAAAAUAAAAGAAGAAGAAGAAUAUAUAAAGGCGACGAGAAGCGAGGUGAAGUUCGGCCGACGUGCGUCGUCGUCGUCGUCGUCGUCGUCGUCGCCGUCGCUGCCGUCGUCAUCGUCGUCGUCGUCGUCGUCGUCCUCGUCGUCAUCGUCGUCGUCGGUGGUAGUCGUAGUCGCGUUGUCGUGGUGGUGUCGUCGUCAACGUCCUCUCUCUUCCUCGUCGAUAGUGUGUGCGCGCGCGUCUUUCCGAACGCGUCCCACGCGUGUGUCGCGUAUCACCGCCGCCGGUGAAACCGAGAGAAUUCGAACGAGGCAGAGGGUAAAAUAGGAUUUCUCGCGUGGUCCUCUCCCGCGGCGGGAGGAGGGGUGGCGUGCACGGAGGUGCGAGUGAGAAAGAGAGAAAGAGAAAGAGAAGAUAGAAAGAGCGAGAGAGAGAAAGAGAGAUAUAGAAACAGUGAGACAGAGACGGAUAGAUAGAGACAACGACGAGAACGUGUGAGAGAGAGAAAGAGAGAGAGAGAGAGACGGAAGAUACAGCGCUGGAGUUGGAGUCGUACGAGCAGGAGAGGGAGAGAGAUAGAUCGAGUACGAGAACGAGCGAGAGGGACGACGUAUCGUGCGCGACAAACGCCGACGUGUUCCCUCUGAGAGAAGGAGAGAGAGAUAGAUAGUAGAGGAGGCAGAGAUAAGGACGGAGAGAGAAAGAGAGAGAGAGAGGGAGAACGAACGAGCGAGAGGGAGAAAGACAGAGAGAGUUCGUUCGCAAAGAGAGACGAAGCGACGGAGACGGGUGCGCUACUCGGAGGCGCUGUCGCUGCGCCCUAACGGCCAUUCCACGAAGCUCAGUUAUCACAAUGGCUUCCGUGAAAGACACAGCAACUUUCUUUGCGGAGGGCACGGCAAAUCAGUUCGAGCACGUAUUGAAACUCUAUCCGCAGGCGCUUAGACUUAAGGCCGAUCGUAAGACGAAAAAGCCUGAGGAACUGAUCAAGUUGGAUAACUGGUAUCAAAAUGAACUUCCGAAGAAGAUCAAGUCACGUGGUAAGGACGCUCAUCUCAAUCACGAGGAAUUGGUUCAAGCGAUGAAAUGGAAACAAACACGCGGAAAGUAUUAUCCACAGCUUUCCUACCUGAUCAAAGUGAACACACCACGCGCCGUAAUGGCGGAGACAAAGAAGGCAUUCAAAAAACUUCCGAAUUUGGAACAGGCGAUUACCGCUUUGUCGAAUUUGAAAGGUGUCGGUACUACGAUGGCAUCGGCGUUACUUGCUGCAGCAUCACCGGAAAGUGCGCCCUUCAUGGCGGACGAGUGUCUUAUGGCGAUACCCGAGAUCGAGGGUAUAGAUUAUACCACCAAGGAAUACCUCAACUUUGUCCAGCACAUUCAGAACACCGUCGAGAGGUUGAACAAACAGACGUCAAAUGGUAAAUCAUGGAGCCCUCACAGGGUGGAACUGGCACUUUGGACCCAUUACGUUGCGUCCGAAUUAAAACCAGAGUUGUUGGACGGUAUACCGGGUUCCACGGAAAACGGUAAUUCGCAUCCGUCUAGCAACGGCGAAGCGACGGAACCAUCGGACGACAGCAAUCAAGAGGGUGCCGUGGUAGUGGUUGCGAACGGCAAAGAGCCAGGCAGCAUCGACCCGGCGGCCAUUGACGAAAACAGCACGACCACGUCCUUCACUGAGGAUUCUAUGGAUAAACCUGCCACUCCCAUAACCGUAGCUGUUCCAAGCGAGGAUACGAACGAUUCUCUCGCUACGAAUGAAAACGAUGAUAGUAACAAUACGCCACGGUUAACGGACAGCGAGGACACCGAGGACUCGCAAGACGUUCAGGAGCCGCCCACUAAGAAGAG